AUGGAGAAUGUGACGACUGGGGAGGUUAAGGCUGAGUCUGGUCUAUGCGAACAUGCAUUCGGCAUGGCCGGCACUGUCUCUUCCCGGCCAGAGUGCCAGCUUUUGCUCGCGGAAGGUGUCAAGAUUGACAAGAUGUCACUUGGAGAUGGUGGAGCUGAGAAGGGAAGUAGCGAGGACGGGGACCUUGCAGCCAUGCAGCUGGGCAAGGCAGAUCAGCCAAUCUAUUGUCUCUCCGAUACCACCAAGAAAUCUCGAGCGAAUUUCCAACGGGCUCGCUGCAGACUGCAGACGCCUCGCAUCACGCAUCACGCGCUUUCAACUUAUUCCACCCUCCACUUCCUCCUCCACCUCCUCCCCCAUCAUCGCUGGCUGCAUGCGCAGGAAGAUCACCCGUCUGGAUCGAGUGCCCUCGACUCACCGAAUCACAGGCCUCACACUCCGACCCCGCACAGCACUUGGCCAUGCCAGAACGUGGCCACCACCACGCACACUCCCAAUAGUUCGCGGGAGAAACUGGGGGCUAAUACUACUCUGGCAUCGUCAGCCGCCCUGCUACACCCCACGCUGUGGACUUUACAUCCGACACUACCUCGACGCUACCUAGGGUAG